GACAACCGUGUGGAUAUUAUAUUAUGGGAAUUUGUCAAAGAGCAUGGCUUGUCUCUCUCUCAGUCCCUCUUUCUGAGCUGUGAAGACCUCUUUGAUAUUCUAGAUAAAGAUGGAGGCAGAUAUUCACAACCCACCUCAAGGUUACAGAUAUUGUGUUGAUGGAGUACACAAGGUCAACAUUAUUGAAUGGAACAAGAAAAGAAAAUUCCAAAGUAAUCAAUUGGAUUUGCUUAGACCAAAGCAUAAAUGCUGGAUUGAAAAAUCCUCUUCUGAACAUGCUUCAACGUUUGAUGAUGAAAAUCCUGCACUAGAGAGCAUGCAUAUUUAUGUACUCAAGGGUAGAACAGAUGCAGAAAACUCAGAAGCUGACUCUGUCAAAGACAGCAACUGUUUAUCAGAAGAUUCCAUUACUGCCAUGUCUGUAAAUGAAGAAGGUAAACAUGUUGCCGAAUCUUCAAUGACAUACCAACAUGGAAGACCUUCCACUUUGCUUGGUUGGGAUGAUUACAGUGCCAAGGAUAAUCACCACACUUUAGAUGAUUCUGCAGUUGAUAAGGGAUGCACAGGUGAAGCAGACACAUUCCAUGACAAAGAAUGUGAUCCAUCUUAUCAUUCUGCUGAUUUACAGGCUCUGAAGAAUCUUGAGGAAAAGAUUUUAGAAAUAGAAAGCUGCAGAGAUAACUUGCUCCAAGAAUAUGCUAAAGACAGUACUGAGGAGUCCACUGAUAUGGAAUUUGAAGAUCUUUUUACUAAAAGAGAAAACCAUCACAAGUAUGUCCUUUCAUCUGGAAGAUGGGAUCUAAACCAAGAGGCUCAAUCAGGCACAACAAGGGCACCAACAAUUGAUCAAGAAUUUGAGCAGUACUUUUCCAUGCUUAUGCUUUAGCAUAUAUUACUUACAAAGGAGAUAAGUGUGUAUAUAUAUAUAUAUAUUUUAAAUGGCUAUCUAUGUAUUGCUUUAUGAAGAUUUACUGAACUUCUAAUUCUGCUGGCAUUGUAACAUCAUAAGAAGGUAGUGUGAGGCUGCUUUUUUCCUUUAGCUUAUUUCUGAUCCUCAACCAUGGAUUGUAUGUAAAAGGAGCUUAUUUUGUUUC